UGAGAAGGAGAGAUCUUAAUCCAGACAUAUUCUAAAUAAACUAUGUGAUGGAAACAAAAAAGAUAUUUGGAACUUUGAAGGGACCCUUCAGUUGUCAUGUCCUGACAAGAAGUUGAAAGACAGGACUAUGUCUGAUGGCUUAUGCCCCUCAACAAACCCCAUGGGCCAAGGCUUCUCACCAUUAGCUCCACUUGACAGGAUUUUGUCGAUGGCCACAGAUGCCUGCAAGCUCACUCUGGUUAUUUAGUCAUAGCAUAAGGCAACCAAUUUCCACUAAGCCUAGCCAUCUACACAUCUUUCGCUAUAUCUUCUAUCAGACCUUUAUUUCAGAUUCACUCUACUUCUUCUCUUAACUCCUAUAGAAGUCAUGGGUCUCCGCCUGCCAGGGAAAUCACUUGCCAAGCAGAUUCUUCAGCGCUCAGCUUCUUCUGCAAUGACUGUGGCAGAUGUCCCAAAAGGUCACUUUGCUGUUUAUGUUGGAGAGAAUCAGAAGCGUUUUGUAGUUCCUAUAUCUAUUUUGAAUCAUCCUUCAUUUCAAGACUUACUAAGCCGAGCAGAAGAAGAAUUUGGGUUUGCACAUCGUAAGGGUGGUCUUACUAUUCCAUGUAAUGAAGACACUUUUAUUCAUCUGACAAGUAAUCUAAAAUAGCUUAUGAAGAGAGAAACUAGUAAUAUACAAAUGUAAAUGAGGUCAUUCGGCUAUAGGAUCCUAUUAAAAGCUGACUCGACAUUCUAACCAAAGCUGCAGGAAAUGGGUUUUACCCAUUGAACUCUAAAACUAGUUUUCUGUAAUGUACCCUUAAUCCAGUGCCAUGUAAACUCUGUUAAUGAAGGA